UAAUACACAGACGUGGCGAAUUAACGUCGGAGUUAUAAGAAUCAUUUGGUUUUGUUGGUUCUUUUUUAAUAUGUGCAAUCUAAUAUGUAUUUAAGCAUGUUUACGCGUUUAGUGCAAAAAUACUUUUCUUUUGUCUUCGUUGUGUAUAUGCAUAAGGCGGCUUUGCCCUGGCAACAAGUGGUUAAAAUUCUUAUCUUCUGGUGAUUUCACUUCAGUGAGUCAAUACUCGAACAAGUCGUAUCGAAUGUGAGGGGAAUACGAGGUAAUUUAAAACUCAACUCAAUAGAGCCUAUUAAAGAAGAUAAUCACGCAAAAUCGCCAAAAGCAAGUUAAAACCAUUAAAUAUGGAAAAACGUAAGGAAGGACUUUCUCUGUUUUCCUCUGACGAGUGUCCAAACAGCGGAGAAGAUAGUGAUGAGGAUGUAAUAACAGAUUACCUGGGUUCUGCGCAAUCGGAAUGUUCUGGUGUAUCCAUCAUUAACGGUGACCUUCUCCUAGCCGACGAAAAUUAUACCAAAGAUAACAACAGUAACCAUCACACAACAAUCGCUAUGUCCGAGGGAUCCGAAGAACAGCGUCAUCACCAUCAACAGCAUGGGCAGUUAGCAUCUGGACAAAAUAAUUCAAAUCAUCCAUCUAAUCCAUUGGUGCCGAUUAUUAGUGUCACCCCACAUUCGCCUGGCCUCGCCAAACAUUAUCCCGUUUUAGAGGAGCCUCUGCGCCACCUCCACGAGAUUCAUGACAAGAUUCAUCAAAUGCGAGACCUCACGCUGGCUCUCGCCAAUCGAUCACAGCAGAGCGAACAUCUGCAAAGGUUCAGCACUUCUUGUCCGUCCCUCUGCCCGGUCAUCUCCAUUGAUGGCAUUGUUCAAUCUUCAUUACACCAUCAUCAGGACCAGGAUGGGUCGGAUCCUGAUCUCCUCACUAAUUGCUCGACCAAUAGCUCACCCACGCAUUUUUCCGCAAUGACGAUUGGAGGACAAAUUCAUGCCUGUAACCAGAUACUCCAGGGUAUUGAUAGACGGCGUAGCUGGACUGAUCUGGAAGAUUCGAGGCAUCAGAGACGGGACUCUGAUCACAAUCAUCUUCAGGCUCAAAAUAUCCGACAACGAAGUAUUAGCUUAAGUAGCCUGGAUAGUGAUAUGGACUUGGAGCUGGAUGGCAAAUCCCGUGCUAGAGAUACAAGUAAUAAAACUCGAGUUUCCGUAUCGCAGUCCAGUACACAUUCGCUAAAUGAAGCCGAUUUCGUUCAGAGUGAGUUUAAGAAAGUGGUGGUGAAAAGAGGAGGCCAGAGGCUAGGAGACAAUGUGGGUUUGAUGCCUGGGGUGACCGGAUCACGAUUGCCUCUACAGAAAUCAGUUUCGACACCAUCCAUUGUCAUACCACCGGGUCAGACUCACCUCGCGGAAACUGGAACACGAGUCGCUCCCUCUCUCACGACCAGUCGGCAUGAAAGACACGAAAAGGGUAGUGGAAGUGAGACAGAGACGGACGACCUUCACAUCCCUCAUGGUCAUGAAUUUCACGAGGACUUGAUGAGAGAAGGCACAACGAGUACACAAGCUUCCCUUGACGAACUCUUAACAGAUACAGCUUAUGAUGAUAGACAUUCGGAAAAAACAAAAAGAAAACGAGGCUCACUAUUUUCUAGAAAAAAGAAGGACAAAAGUGGAAAGAAACCAGCUCAACAACAUCAAUGGGCAUCGAUCAAUGUAUCAUCACAAGGAAAUAAUACUUGCGAUUUUUGUAUGAAAUCGUUUGCUAGUAAACCGGCAUUCCAUUGUGAAAAUUGUGGAAGUAUAAUUCACCAAUCGUGUAAGGAUCACUAUCAACAAGAAUGUACAAAAUCUAAGCCGUCGAGUAAGUCUUCUUUCAAAUCAUUGUCAAGUGUUUCGAUUUCAUCAAGCAGCAGUAUCGUAAAACGCGGUUCAACAGCAUCUUUACCAUUACCAGCACCUAUCGGCACUGGAAGUCAAACAAUCAAUGAAGAGAGAGAUGGAGAUGGAGUUUCACAUCGUGAUAUUUCCACUGGAUUCGAAGAAUUUGAUUUUGAUGACAUGCAGCAGUUCAGUCUUGAGGAGUUUGAUAGCUUACGACCAGAAUUAGGCCUUGGCCGUGAGGAACCUGACUCGUGGAGCGCAGCAAUCGGUCGGAAGGUCGCGAUGCGUCUCGUAGACAAUAAUGAGCGCGAAGUAAAACGUCAGGAACACAUUUAUGAAUUCAUACUUACAGAGAAGCAUCACUGUCUCGUAUUGCUCGCAAUGCAAAGGAUCUUUGUCGAGGGUCUGCAGCGACACUUCAACCUGAACUUCUCAGUGCUGGAUCGCAUGUUCCCUAAGCUUCAAAAUCUUAUGGACAUUCAUUUUGAUUUUUUAUCGAAGCUUCGAUUAAGACAGUCUGAGAAUGCCGUCGUAUCGACUAUAGCCGAUAUAUUGAUCGAUCAGUUCUCGAGAGAGAAUUCAUAUAAUAUGAAAAGUGCAUACGGAGAAUUUUGCAGCAGGCACAGAGAUGCGGUCGAUGUGUAUAAACAGCACCAGCAGGUCGAUACACGAUUUGCACGAUUUGUUCGGCAUUGUCAGAAUAAUCCUUUGCUAAAGAAAAAGGGGAUACCCGAGUGCAUACUUUUUGUUACCCAGAGAUUAACAAAGUAUCCGCUUUUAGUGGAGCCUUUAAUUAAAACUGGAGUCACUAUAGAAGAAACUGAUAAUCUUCGCAAAGCCUUGAGCCUCGUUAAAGAAAUAUUGGGCGAAGUGGAUGCAUGUGUCGCAGAUAAAGAACGAACUGAUAGAAAACUUGAUAUUUAUCAUAAGAUUGAUCCAAAGUCAUGCGCUACGUAUCGAGGUGAAAAGUUUAAAAAAUCUGAUAUUUUGGCAUCCAAUCGCAAUCUUAAAUUCGAGGGUACAGCUUGGUUAAUGCAAGGACGAGGCAAAAUGGUGCCCGUUGUUGUUGUUUGCCUUACCGAUGUACUAUUUUUUUUGGCUGGUGAACAGAAAUAUGCCUUCUUCGUUCCUGAUAAUAAAGCAGGGGUAGUGUCACUGCAGAAGCUACUGGUGCGUGAAAAGGCUGGCCAAGAGUCACGUGGCAUCUAUCUUAUUAGUAGUAAUCCAAGCGAACCAGAAAUGUUUGAGCUUAAGGUUAAAGAACCGCGUGAUAAGCAUUUAUGGGUCAAAGCAAUCAGAGCGGCCGUCGAAACGUGUCCUCAGGAACCUGACAAUGAAACUUCCAACUUUGUUGAAAAUAAUAUGGUCAACGAAAUGAGGGAUGCGCGAUCGUCAUCUAUAUCAAAAUUGUCUUCCGAGGAGAAGCUUAGACUUGCCAAAGAAACACGUUACCAAAGUAUACUCGACGAACUAAGGAAAAAGGACGAAGAACAAGCAUCGCUAUUUGAACAGAAGAUGGAAUUACAUAUGAGAUUACAUCACGUGAUUAAUUUACCAAACGAAAAUGACGUUGAUAAAUUAGACAAAGAUUUUAAGGAGAUACCCGAUUAUUUAAGACUUGUUCGUGGUGAAGGAAUAAAUUCUACACAGAUGUGGCAGGAGGCUCUUGAAGCUGUUCAGGAGGCGAUGCGACUUGCAAGCUCAUUAUCCUGUGGUGCAACUGGUGGGACUCUUUCCAGGAGUCUUAGUUCAGCUGGAGAACGUCAUAGCGAUGCUUACGUGCCACCAUCUCUAGCUGUCCCUCGAAGAGCAGAAACUUUCGCUGGUUUCGAUCAUAACAAGGAACGAUAUCCAUGGAGAGAUUCGGUGGCAUUGAAUAAUACUCUAGAUCCUUCGGGAAAAAAUGAAAUUACCGUGGUUGAACAAAUGGAGGGUAAGGAAGAAGAUGAGUUAGAUGCUUAUAGAGACCAGCGUGAAGUUGCAGUUAGACUAUCACAUUAUGUUCAUACGCUAUUGUGCAUUAUUAGUAAUCAAAUGACAACUAUCGAGGGCUUACAAGCUCAAUUGGCUGGCUUCAAGGAAGGCAGUAUGAGUAAAUCAAAUAACCGGCCGAAUCCGAAUCGACAACUCGAAGAGCUGCGCAAUCUGCAGGAUCAGCUGAGUCGCGAGAGGGCCGAGUUUCGCGUCGUCUCCCAGCAGGAGCGCGCUCAUCUUGACGAGGAACGCGCCGAGCUCAAUAAAUUGCGAAAUCAACUAACCGUUGAACAACGCGACGUCGAGAAGCAGCGCGAUCAGCUCUAUCGUAAGCUCGAGGCGCUGACACGUCAGGGAGUUUCUCUGACUACCAGCUCAACGGUGCCGGUCGUGCCCCACUCGGCGCUCGGAUCUGGCAGCGAUAGUGGCCAGACCUCGAGGAAGAAAUCGCAAACUGACGAGAAAGGCAUGAUACCGCAGAAUCUCUUCAGCACCACUAAUCAACAGAAAGUUCAACAGCUUCCAGUUAAGCAACAGUUACCGCUCAAACUUGCCAGUGGCAGUAACAGUAAUUCCAGAAGUGGCAACAUAAUGAACAACAAUAGUCCGGAUCGUCAUUCCCGUACAGGCAGCAGUCCCGCGGUCGUGGGUAGUUCGUCGACUCUGUCCUCACCUGAGCUCGGUGGCAGCAGCAGUCCCAACAGUGCCCACCACCACAACAAUGGCUCUAGCUCGCUUAGCCACUUCUCCAUGUCGAAUCGCUCGCUGCGUAAUACGCGCAUACCCGAGCCCUAUAGUCGCAAACAUCAUAUUCAGCAACAGCAGCAACAACAACAACAACAACAACAACAACAACAGCAGCAGCAGCAGCAGCAGCAGCAACCGCUUGAGGAAGAGGUGCUGUUCUUGUGACGCAUCUUGCGUUUUGGUCGUAAGCAUUUCAAUAGAUCCACUCGAAGCUCCACGGGGUCUAGUUCAGCAACCCCGAGUUCGACUGCAACGCUGACGCCGACGCGAUCCGCCGUUGAUAGUACUCAAAGCGAGGAGACCCAACAAACGCCAAGGAGCAGAGUUAAGUCCUUCUGAUUGCCGACAUUUUUGGGCAAGCGCGAGAAGAGGUAAAGAAGGAGUUGAGUGUCCUAUAUAGAUACUGAGAUGUAGAAGAGAUUAUUUUCUUUUUAUUUUCUUUAUUCGUUACUGGUUCGAUGGAUUUUGUACAUUUGUAAAUAGUCCGGGUAAAAAGUUGCGUAACUAAUCAGAGAAUGAAUGGUUACAUUGAUUCGUGCUUGUCGAACUCUUUCAUAUUAACGAUGCAGAUUGAGUUCCUCGUUAUAUACAUAGAGUAAAAUAUGUAGUAUAUUUAACUAUGUUAACGAAUUCAGUUUAAAAAGAGACAGCAGUAGCUCGUACAUUUAUUCGAGAACUUAAAAAGGUAAACGAAGUUUUAAAAAGACAAUUUUUAUACAGAUGUUUCAUCGUGAUUUUUCAUAUUAACACCUAUCGUGUCAAUUUUAGUAAGCAUUACUUAUCGCGUAAAAUAUCAUAGUAACUUGUAAAGAUAUUCAUUUAUUCCAUAAAAUUUAUU